AUGUCAACCUCUGAUGAAAUAUUAGCAUUCAAUUCUUAUGAUGGUCAUUCGACUCGACUGGUGAACAUACCCGUGGCUGUCGUUAGAAAAGAGGCCAUACAAUCAAUCGUAACAAAGCAACAAUACAAUGCAUUCAUAAUACGUAGAAAUUCCAGCAGCAAACUAUGCUAUGAUCAUCCUCACAUUCUGGCUGGUCAAGGAAGCGUGGGUAUGGAAAUAUUAGAACAAGUCCCUGAUGUUGAUGCCAUUAUUGUGCCAGUUGGUGGUGGUGGUCUGAUAGCUGGAAUUUCCGUAGCAGCCAAGUCUGUCCGACCAAAUAUUAUAAUAAUUGGUGUGGAAUCAGAGAACUGUCCAGGUUUCAAACAAGCUAUGGUUGCUGGAAAACCAGUGUAUACAGAUAUUGCUCCUUCAUGUGCAGAUGGAUUAGCUAUUUCUAUGGUUGGUGUGAAUGCAUUCAAAACAUCUCAUAAGUUAGUCGACAAAGCAAUCACUCUCAAUGAGUCAUACAUGCACCGUGCAGUUUUACAUUUACUGGAAGCAGAAAAAUGUGUUGUAGAAUGCUCAGGAGUUACUCCAUUGGCAGCAAUUAUGGCUGAAAUGUUACCGGAUUUAAUUGGCAAAAAAAUGUUUUCAAAUCAGGUUGUUUGCGUUUUGAGUGGAGGUAACAUCGAUACUCCAAUGUUAUGUCGCAUCAUCCAAAACGCAUUGGCACUUGAAGGUCGUCUGUGUCGAUUUGCAGUUGUUUUAACUGAUGGACCUGGAAGUAUCGCAGAUCUAUGUCUCAUUUUGAAGGAUGUCGGAGUCAGCAUUAAAGAUAUCACUCAGGAUCGCAUCUGGGUGAAGUCAAGUGUAUUUCAAGUUCAAGUGAAGUGUGUCUGUGAAACGAAUAGUAUCUCACAAACAGCGGAUUUGGAACGUGCACUGAAAGCAAAAUAUAAACAUGUUGUUUGGGCUGAAGACGCUGUCUGUCAACCUGGAAGACAGGAGACAGCCUCUGAACAUAACACUAGUAAUAAUAAAGAGGAGAUUUACUCUUCACUUGUUGAAUGCGAGGAUUCAUUUUAUUUGUACAAUGAUAAUUCAUUUACAGGUGUAUAUCAAACUUCUAAAGUGACCACUUUUUUUCUACUUCUACUAUCAAAUAAGUGA